AAAAUGAAUGUGUUUGGUCUGUUUUCAUCAUCUGUUUGAAUUGUCACACGUAGUUUAGAUAAAUUGAAUCCUUUUAGAGAUAAAUCUAAUAAGAUUUCACUGCACGUAUGUAAUGAUAACUGGAGCUAGUACUGCUGCACGUCAAAUUUGUGGCUGUGGUUCAAAACCUAGCGAGCCACCUAUCUAGACAGCAACACUCGACGUCUGGAUCCCGCGUAUCAUGUGCAAAACUUGCCUAGGUAGAGAACCGGUUAGAUAAUGAGACGCAACCCGUGUGUCUUUCAGUGUAGCGCACGUAUUCCUUUAUACGCUCUUUCACACUCUGUAAAGUGUUGUUUUUGCCUUACUUUUAGGUUCAAACGCUAGUAUUGGUGUAAUAAAUACAUACCAAUACUCAUAAAGAGUUCUUCAUUUCUCUGGCGGAUUUGUGGCGGGGGCAGCUGAGAGGACGAACAUGUCGGGAAAUAGUUUUCGCGUUAGCGACGGAGACUGGGUUUGUCCUGAUGAAAAGUGUGGAAAUGUCAACUUUGCCAGAAGAACGAGUUGUAACAGAUGUGGCAGUGAAAAGACAACUGAAGCAAAGAUGAUGAAAGCAGGGGGAACAGAGAUUGGAAAGACCCUGGCUGAGAAGAGCAAAGGUCUCUUCAGUGCCAACGAUUGGCAGUGCAAAACGUGUGGCAAUGUAAACUGGGCCAGAAGAUCAGAGUGCAACAUGUGUAACACCCCUAAAUAUGCCAAACUGGAGGAAAGGACAGGAUAUGGUGGAGGGUUCAAUGAGAGAGAGAAUUUAGUCUACAAUGAGCGAGAGGAGUCUGAUGGCGAGUAUGAUGAGUUUGGGCGCAUAAAAAAGAAGUAUCGUGGAAAAAGCAAGAAGGACGAUGAAAAGAAAGAGGAACCAAAAAAAAAUGAUGGUGGUGAUGAAGACGAUGAUGAUGAUGAUGAUGAUGAUGAAGACGGAGAUCUUUCAAAAUACAAACUUGACGAUGAUGAAGAUGAUGCAGAUUUGUCCAAGUACGAUUUGGAUGCUAGUGAUGAAAAGAAAGGGAGUCGCUCCGGCUCCUCACGGUCAUCAUCUCGCUCGUCCAGUUCAAGUUCCCGGUCUAGGUCCAGAUCCCGGUCCAGGAGCUCAUCCAGUUCCAGAUCUCGAUCUCGUUCUCGCUCCAGGUCCAAUUCCAGAUCCAGCUCCAGAUCAGGAAAGGGCUCUGCUUCCUCAAAGAAGAGGUGUCGCUCCCCUUCGUCAUCACCUGAGGGAGGCCAGAAGAGGAGUCGCUCCAGGUCCUCCUCUGGUGGCCGCAAAAAAAGACGCGCACGAUCGCACUCGUCUGAAAGACGCAGAGGCUCAUCUGGAUCAUCCCACUCUGGCUCAAGCUCAAAACAGAAAUGAUUAA